CCAAGGCCGCCGACUCAGAUAAAAACCGAGUUAAAGCGGUAUGCCACAUCACUGACCGUUCAACUGUCCGACUUGUCUCUUAAGACCGAAGGGACUUUUUAACAUGGAAUUAAAUUACUCUGUAGUUCCUGUAAAGGAUCUUUCCUCUAAAGACUAUGAUGGAAUUGUUUUUGUCUCUCACAGUCUGAAAGAGGAAAAUGUUCCAGAUCAGCUUAGAAAAGUUGUUACUGAAGCAGCUGAAUUGGACAAACAUGUCCAUGAGACAGUGUCAGUCCUUAAAACUGAUCUGCCAGCAAAAAGACUAGUUUACUCGCCAACAGGGCCUUUAAACUCUGACUACCAUGAUGUCCGAUCCUAUGGAGAAGCUGCCAAAAAGGGUGUUUUGAGGGCAUUGAAAAGUGGAGUUAAAUGUCCUUUGGUUGUGCUCGUCAGACCCAGCCAGUUUCCGAAGGCUGAUUUGGUUACAUUGUUGGGUGUUAUGGAGGGACUUUAUGUUAAUCUACAACACCGUGAAAUGUGCCCUGAAGUUUCACCAAAAGUAAAAUCCCUUGGCGUCUGGAGCAGUGACCAUUCAAGACUUUUGAAAGUCGUUGAUCUCGCAAAGACACUUGAAUGUGGAAGGGUUGUUGCCAGAGAUGUAGGAGGAGCAGACCCUGAGCGUAUGGCUCCAGCCAAAGUUGAAGAGUAUGUUAGAAAAGUAUUUCCAGCUAGUUCUGGUGUUAAACUGGAAGUUAUCACGAACGAAGACACAUUUCUUAAAGACUAUCCAUUAUUCGCUGCAGUUAAUCGUGCUGCCAGUGUCAUUGACAGGCAUAAGGGCAGAAUCUUAUAUUUAACUUAUGAAGGAUCAGAUGUUCAAGAAACACUGUUUCUCGUUGGAAAAGGUGUAACUUAUGACACUGGUGGUGCUGACAUUAAAGCUGGAGGUUUUAUGGCUGGCAUGUCAAGAGACAAAUGUGGGUCAGCAGCAGUAGCAGGGUUUAUGAAAGUUUUGAGCCUUUUAAAACCAGCUCAUCUCAAAGUUGUCGGUGUGAUGAGCAUGGUACGGAAUUCUGUGGGGGAGAAUUCGUACGUCGCAGAUGAAAUGAUCAAAGCAAGGGCUGGAGUGAAAGUAAGAGUCGGGAAUACAGAUGCUGAAGGAAGAAUGAUAAUGGCUGAUGUUCUGUGCCAUGUCAAAGAAAUGGCACUUAAAAGUAAAAACCCUCAUCUGUUCACUAUUGCUACACUCACUGGUCAUGCUAGCAGAACAGUUGGAACUGGAUACACCAUAAGUUUAGAUAAUGGUCCAGCAAGAAACGUCAAAAAUGCGCAGAAACUGCAAGAAUCUGGUGAUGAACUAGGGGAUAUGGUAGAAGUUAGUACAAUAAGACGAGAAGAUUUUGAAACGCAUAAGGGAGUUGUCGAGGGUGAAGAUGUAAUUCAAGCAUUAAACCUUCCAUCCACUCAAAGCAACAGAGGGCAUCAGGGACCGGCUGCUUUCCUAAUCCUCACUUCUGGCCUUGACAAGCAUGGACUUGAUUCAAAAGAGCCACUUCGCUAUACCCAUUUGGACAUAGCAGCAUCUAGUGGUCACUUACCGGAAUUGGCAACUGGUGCUCCACUACUCGCCCUUGCCAAUAAAUUCUUGUCACUUUAAGUACCCCUUGAUGUACUAACAUUAUCAAUCAACUAAAAUAUGUAUAAUAAAUACUAUACUAUAUCAAAAUAAAUUGAUAAUCGCAUCUAUUAUGAA